AUGGACUUGCUGGUGCUCGAGGAGGAGGAGGAAGAAGAAGAAGACGAGGAGGAAGAGAAAAAGUCGAAGAAGAAGAGAGAAGGGGGAAAAGGUAAAGAUAAAAUGAACAGGGGAAGCAGCUCGAGUUACACUGUCAAAGCUACGGCAGAGUACGAGGACGGAGUAGUUACAGCAGAGGAAGAUGGGAAACGACCAAGCAGAUGGAUAAUGAAAGACGAUGAAGACGAUGAGAGAAGAAGUCCGCGCAGAUGA